GGGGAGCUAUUAAAUGUGACCCAUGUUUUGAAGUUACACCAUUACAGUCUCGGCAUUAGUUUUAUUCUUUCAUUUUCCUUCAUGGAGAGCGCACAUAACAGCCGUGGACGCGGUGGUCACUGGAAAAGAGGAGGUGGCGGUGAUGCUGGAGAGCACAGGGGACGCGGAAGAGGAGGACACCAGCAUCGGGGAAGAGGAAAACGGGAUCACCGUAGAGGAAGAGGACGAGAACACGGUCCUCCUGCAGACUUCAGAGACUUUCGACGAAAUCAAGAUGAGCCUGAUGACAAGGAAAACGUUGAGGACAUGGAGGAGGACAACACUUUCAAUAGACGAAAGCUUGAGUCCAACUGGGACCGUUAUAAGGAAUCGGAAAAAGAAGAAAUGAACGAAGAUGUUCCUGCACAGAGAGGCACAGACUAUCACGUCCUCCUCACAUCAGCUGGUGACUCUUUCACACAAUUCAGGUUCUCUGAUGAGAAGGACUGGGAGUUGGACUUACUGGCAAAAAAUCAGAUUCCUGCUCUGUUUAUAGAUCUGCCAGCUUUAAGUGAGUCUCUUCAAGAGCUUCCUCUCCACACAAGACUCAACCUGGAAGCUGAGCUCAUUCAGGAGUCGACACCUGUUGAUCUGCCGCCGAUGACGGUGUCUCACAGAACAGACCUGACUGGGACAGCAGGACUGAAAGCUCCUCCAGCAGGCCGAGAGUCCAGUCUGGGUGUUCCCUGUAGUGUAAAGCCCAUUUCAGGCAGCACAGUGUCUGUCAGCAUCUCCACAACCAUUCCUCCUGAUGAUGAUGAAGAUGACCAGGAGCUCCACCUUCUCCUCAACCUGCAAAAACCUGUCACUGAACUUCCCUCAGUUCAAUCCCACACUACAGCAAAUGAUGUGCUCAACAACACAGUGCAAGCUUUGUCAGAAGAGGAAGUGAAAAAAGCAGCAGGAGACAUGAAAGACAUGAAGUCAGAAGUGGAGAUAGAACCUAAACCCCAGAAACAGGAAGUGACAGAGGAGGAUCUGGAGGACUGGCUGGACAGCAUGAUCUCCUGACCGAGCACGCCAAGUGAACUUUUCAUUAAAGGGAUAGUUUGGCCAAACAUGAACACUUACUCAUUUAAAAAACAUUUACUCAUUUCAAAACAUUUCAUCUUCCAUUUCAAACCUUUAUUCUGAUGAACACAUAAGAAGAUAUUUUGAAGAAUGCUGGAAACCUAUAACUCAGGGGUGUCCAAACUCGGUCUUGGAGGGCCGGUGUCAUGCUGAGUUUAGCUCCAACUUGCUUCUACACACCUGCCAGGACGUUUCUAGUAUAUCUAGCAAGAGCUUGAGUAGAUGAUUCAGGUGUGGUUGAUUAGGGUUGGAGUUAAACUCUCCAGGGUAGAGUGUGGACACCCUUGCUGUAACCACUUACCUCCAUAGUAAGAAAAACAAACAUUAUGAAAGUCAGAGGUUACAGAUUUCAAAAUAUCUUCUUUUGUUCAACAGAAUAAAAAAAAAUCUCAAAAAGGUUUGUGAAUUUUCCCUUCUAAUAGUUAAUUCACUCAUGAGAAACCACUUCAUCAAUAUAUCAUCUCUGCAUUCAGAUGAAAGGCAGCAGGAAUUUAUUGCAUGAGCUACUUUAUUUUCGUUCCACCCGCUCAAAACAAAUGCAAAUCACCAAAGCUACUACAUACAUACAAAUGGCCAUACAGUAGCAGUUUACAGUAUUGACUUUUUCCUCAAUAAAUUUGUUCGUUUUCAUCGUCAAAUGUAUUUCCAUUUUUGUUUUUUGGUGAUCAUACUUCAUAAACAAUCAGGCAGACGCCAUUUCAGUUGUUCAACCUUAACCAAACAUUAAAAAAGCAGUGAUCGUGAACUAAAGCUACAGAACUGCUAACAAGUGAGAAGAGCUGAAACUAAAAUGCAAACUAGCGAAACGUACGAGCGGGAACAAAAUAUUUGCAUAGUCUCUUGUCUUAAGGCACUUUUCUGUGUGUGUGAAACAUCUAGUGCAGUGUUUCUCAACCACGUUCCUGGAGGAUCAGCAGCUCUGCACAUUUUCUAUGUCUCCUUAACCAAACACACCUUAUUCAGAUCAUCAGCAGAGACUGAGAGACCUUUAAUGGGUGUGAAAGAUAAAGGAGACAUCCAAAACAUGCAGUGUUAGUGGUCCUCCAGGAACAUGGUUGAGAAACACUGAUCUAUUGGACUGAAGCGGAUGAUCGAAUGUUGUCCAGUUAUUCGUUCCACCAGUGACAUUGCACAUUCUAUAUCGUCUUGUUUUUUUAAAUCAAACAGGCAUAAGUCGUGUUUGGCACUCACGGAAUACUCACAGGGUAUUCUUGUGCAUAUUUGUGUUCAUUCAACUCAUCAAAAACAUACAUAAGAUAA